AUGGCUUCAUUCAAGGCUUCUAGCAUCCUCAUUUUUGGGGCUACUGGCUCCAUUGGCAAGUAUAUUACCAACCACAUUGUCAACGCCAAGCCUUCGUUUCCCAAGAUCAGCAUCUUUACUUCUGAGGAUACGGUCGCCAGGAAGGCUGAUUUCAUUGGCGAGCUCAAGUCAAAGGGUGUCGAUAUUAUCACGGGAGAUGUGAGAAACGAGCAGGAUGUCAAGAAUGCUUACGAAGGCGUCGACACUGUCGUCAGCGCCGUGGGCCGAAACGUCCUCGAGACCCAAAUCGACCUCAUCCGACUUGCCGAGGAGUCAUCCUCUGUAAAGUGGUUCUUCCCCUCCGAGUACGGCACAGAUAUUGAAUACGGUCCCCAAAGCGCUUCUGAGAAGCCUCACCAGCUCAAGCUCAAGGUCCGCAAGUACAUCAAGGAGAAUGUGAAGCGUCUCAAGUACACGUAUCUGGUCACUGGACCGUAUGUCGACAUGUACUUUACCUUGUCGCCAAAGGCUGUCGAGGCGGGAGGCUUUGAUGUUGCCAACAAGAAGGCCAUUCUUAUCGACAAUGGCGAGGGCAAGAUUGGCUUCACCACAAUGCCUGACGUCGGAAAAGCUGCAGUGGCUGCCCUCCGCCACCCCGAGGCCUCUUUCAACAAAGCACUCAAAGUUCAAUCAUUUGUUGUCACUUCCAAGGACAUCCUGGCCGAGUUUGAGAAGCAAACCGGCGGAGAGCCGUGGACUACCACAAGCUAUACCCUGCAAGAGCUUAAGGAUGCGGAGCAAAAGGCAUGGAGCGAAGGAAAUCCACAUGCGGUCUCUUACACUCUUCGACGUAUCUGGUCAGAGGGUGGAACGCUGUAUGAAAAGACAGAUAACGAGAGCAUUGAGUUGAAGGAUUCGGAGCUGGAGACACUUUCGGAUGCUGUUACCCGAGCGCUUACAACUGGUUGGUAG